GUGUACUCUGCCUGGUGUUUGCAGUUGUGCGGUCCCGUGACAAAUUUCAUUGGAACUUUUUACGGCCAGGAAAGACUGAUGUUUCCUGCUUCUCUCUCAGUUGACUUUACGCGUAUGGGCAGCAAGAAAAUACACCCUCAGUUCGGGGGUUUGGGGGCUUUCGUCUGAGCCGAGACUGGGGACAUGUUCGAUGUACUGACAGCUUAAAUGCCGGAUAGCGAAACAUCUUCACUGGACCAACGGAAAUAGAUGAACCCCUCGUCCGAAUACUGUAAGCAGUGACCAAGGAUGGGGAUUGGCCAGUAUACUUGAAGUCUGAUUCUGAGGAAGAAGCAUCAUUUUAUGACUUUGCACCUUUGAAUGCCCAAGCUUUUAAGAUGGAGGAGCAACCCAGUCUCCCCAAUGUCAGCAUACCCUGCCACAACGAGCAGAGGGACAAGAAGAAGCGUUACACAGUUUACAAAGUCAUGGUUAAUGUUGGACAACAGGAAUGGUUUGUCUUCAGGCGUUAUGCAGAGUUCGAUAAACUCUACAACACUUUAAGGAAGCAGUUUCCAUCUAUGAACUUGAAAAUUCCAGCCAAGAGGAUAUUUGGGGACAAUUUUGACCCUGAGUUCAUCAAGCAGAGAAGAGCAGGGUUGCACGAGUUCAUCAAGCGAAUAGUCUCACAUCCUCAGCUUUGCAACCAACCAGAUGUGAGGGCUUUCCUAAUGAUGGACAAAAUGCAGAACUUUUCUGAUGCCUCUGAGGAUGAAGAUGACAAAAGCAACUCUACCUCCAGAAACAUUAACCUGGGACCCUCUGGAAAUCCACAUGCCAAGCCCACAGACUUUGACUUUUUAAAAGUCAUAGGGAAGGGAAGUUUCGGGAAGGUUUUCCUUGCAAAACGGAGACAUGAUGAAAAGUAUUAUGCGGUCAAGGUGUUACAGAAAAAGGUCAUUCUCAACAGAAAAGAGCAAAAGCAUAUCAUGGCAGAGCGCAAUGUUCUGCUGAAGAAUGUGAAACACCCUUUCCUAGUUGGGCUUCAUUACUCCUUCCAGACCAAAGACAAGUUGUACUUCGUCUUGGAUUUCGUCAACGGAGGAGAACUUUUCUUCCAUCUUCAAAAAGAGAGGACCUUCCCAGAGCCCAGGGCAAAAUUCUACAUAGCUGAAAUGGCCAGUGCACUGGGAUAUCUGCACUCUCUCAACAUUGUUUACAGAGACUUAAAGCCAGAAAACAUCCUCCUUGACCACGAAGGGCAUAUCAUUUUGACGGACUUUGGAUUGUGCAAGGAGGGCAUUUCCCAGACAGAUACCACCAAUACCUUCUGUGGAACACCUGAGUACUUAGCUCCAGAGGUCCUGAGGAAGCAGCCGUAUGACAACACAGUAGAUUGGUGGUGUCUGGGUUCAGUGCUGUAUGAAAUGCUAUUCGGCCUGCCACCAUUCUAUAGCAGGGACACACAUGAAAUGUAUGACAACAUCCUCCACAAGCCAUUGGCGUUGCGUCCUGGUGCGUCCAGCACAGCCUGGUCUCUCCUCCAGGGCCUGCUUGAGAAGGAUGGGCAACACAGACUGGGAUCGAGGGAUGACUUUAAUGAGAUCAGAGCUCACAGCUUCUUCUCCUCCAUCAACUGGGACGACCUUGUACAGAAGAAGAUCCCUCCACCAUUUACACCCAGAGUGAGCUCUGUUGGUGAUAUCUCAAACUUCGAUCCGGAGUUCACAGAUGAGAUGGUCCCCAACUCCGUGUGUUGGUCUCAAGAACAUUCCAUAGUCAACGCCAGUGUAAUGGAGGCCGACGAUGCCUUUGUGGGCUUUUCUUAUGCCCCUCCUUCUGAUGACUCUUUCCUAUGAAACAUUCCCAAUGAGGUCCUGAAAUUCCUUAACCACCAUAACUUCUUUUGACUAAAAGGGAAGAAUUUAUAACAUGGAUGAACUUGUUCUAUGAAGCCAAAGUGAGAAGCUGAGAGGAGAAAGCACUUACAACAGACUGUAGUUGGAACAACAUGUGCCUGAAAAGUCUUUAUAUUUUACCAAUUUGUAUUUAUAUAAAUAUAUAUACAUACAUAACAGAUUAUAUUUUUAAGAAUUAAGGAUAUCCAUCCUCUAUUAUUGUUAUUCUUGGUGGAUUCUAAAAUGAGCCUUUAUAAAGCCUUAAAUUUGCCCCUCAAAUGAAAUCAGUAACCAGUUUUCUGACAAACUUGAACAAUUCACUGGACUUUACAAAAAUACCAUCUGACUGUCAGUUGGAAGUGUGUUUGUACAUGUAAUUACUGUACAAAUGAACUUGUGUAUCAUAUUCAUUUUAACUGAGCUGGAAAUAGGGAUUACUUGAGAGACCACUGAAUACAGCAUUUUGGUUUAUAGGUCACCUUUUGUUAAGAUAAAUGUCUUCUAUGUCUUCAGUUAGCUUUCAGUUUAUCUUUGCAAGUACUGAGUGAAAUGUUUUUAUUGGAUUGUUUGUGUUUAUCUUUUGCUAUCCCUUGCCUUAACACAUUUUCAGAAAUCCACAAUGCUUUGCUUAGCCUGGCAAUUAAAUAGGCCUGUACUCCUGCACAGUAAUAAAAUAUUUUUUAAAAGUA